AUGGUGAACUGGAGCUUAGUUGGUGCAAUGUUCCUACCCAACGUCGGAGGUUGGAUGAGUACACUGACCAUGAUAGGACAAGUUAAAAAGCAAGAAGGCAAUGCAUGGUACCAGGUCAUAAAAAAACCAUCAUGGACACCACCAAACUGGGUAUUUGGACCUGCGUGGACGGUUUUGUACACUUCAAUGGGAGCUGCAUCAUACAUGGUGUACAGAGAUUGCGGCGGGUUUACUGAAUCAGCAGUUCUACCAUUGUCACUUUACGGAGGGCAGCUCGUUAUGAACUGGAUGUGGACGCCUUUGUUCUUCGGAUACCAUAGAAUUGGCUUGGCGCUAGUCCACAUGUUGGUGUUGGACGGCGCGGCGGUCGCGUGCGCGCGCAGCUUCGGCGCCGUCAACACGACAGCGGGCUGCCUGAUGCUGCCGUACCUCGCGUGGCUCGCGUACGCAACCACACUCAACUACUCCAUUUGGAAACUCAAUAAAGACGACAAAAAGAAUUAG